ACGAGCGAUUGAAGUUGUCGCUGGAAAUAUCUGGAAGGAAAAGCUUUGUCAUCUUUCGAGGAAGUUAUGGAUGAGCCACAGGACACGAACAUACGUGGAGAGCUGCGUUUCAUGAGUGUUUGAAACUGACCGGCCCGGAGCUGAGUCUAGCGAAUUUACGAAAAGGAGAAUUGGAGCAGAGGCAGGGGUUUUGUCUCUGGUCGUGGUUGUCCGAGAGCUUUCAUCCUGCUGCGCCUACGGUUUAUCUCCAUAGUCAUGCUUUUGUGACAUUCAUGCAGGUCCAAACACCUUGCCUUUGUCGUUUUACAGGUGACUCCACAACACCGAUUCGGGCUUUUCUGCUUCACAAUCAAUUGAGGUUUUCAGCUUCAGAAAUUCUGGAGGUCGUAUUCUGCGAACAAUCUGCUCCAUGGAUUGAUGAGUUUUCCAGUUCUCAGGGGAAACUGGAGGACGACAGAUUGGUAGAGAUUAAUUGGGAAGGUCGAAGGUGGAGGUAAAGGAGAAUGAUUUGCAUUUCUGGAAUUCCGUGGAAAUUCCCUCGGGCGCAUUGUGGGAGUGGACUGUCAGUAGGGGAACCGAAGCAGGUUGGUAGCUGUGGAGGAAGUUGGAACGGCAAGUGGAAUGGAGGAUUUCUUAGUAAAAGUGCUCGCCAGAUUUACAGAGUUCGGGCCGUGCGCACUGCCGAGGGUGUGGGAGAGGGAACAUCCGAGUUUUCUCUGGAUUGGAGACAUCUGGUUGGUGAGAGGGAAGAGGCUAAAGCAGUCGUGUCCCAGUUCUUAAGGUCUCGAGGGUUCAGUGCGUCUGUUGCAACCCGAACGCUGAAGAAUGCUACUCUUUUUACUGCCCACCUGCUCGGUAUUUUGCACUCUCAGCAUCGCGCGCGUUACCUCGCAGGAGAAGAGCUGGGAACAGAAGAGAUCCAGGGCACAUUGCUUCCCUAUCUCGAAAGCUUAGCUGCCAAGUAUGGCAGAGGUACACCGGAGGUCAUAGUGAGCUUUCCCGAUGUGCCAGCCCCGUGGACUGGUGGAGAUGUGCUGUACAGCAUAACAACGGAUAGUGAAGGCCAAGAGAAAGUGAUUGAGGUAAAUCUUGCAGAAUGUCCAGCUCUAUUGGGACAUUGCAUCCAUGGAAAGUUGCCUGCAGCCGUAUCUUACUGUUUAAGUAUUGGAAUGACUUCGGAGCAGAUCAACGAUGUGAUACAGCGCUUUCCAGCCUUUGCCCAUUACAGUGUAGACAACAAAAUAAUGAAGGUUAUAGACUACGUCCUAGGAAUGGGUUGUUGUCCUACAAGCAUACCAAAGAUCAUCAUGAAAAGACCUCAACUUUUUGGCUGCAGCGUGGAGGAGAACCUCCGACCGACAGCCAGAUUUCUUGAGAGUAAUGGAGUAGAACCUGAGAAAUGGGCCAAGAUCAUGGUGAAUUUUCCUCAAAUACUCACUUACAGCCGGAAAAAACUACAACUGGUUAUAGACUUUCUUUUAGAGAUCGGAAUCCCUCCUGCCACGGUCGGCAGGGUCUUAUCCAGGUUUCCACACCUUGUAGGUUACAGCCUAGAAGCAAAACUAAGGCCCAUGGCCAUGUACUUCAAGUUGAUAGGAAUUCCCGACUUUAGUCUAGUAGUUAUACGUUCACCUCAGACCUUAGGUCUGAGUUUGGAGAAGAACAUCAAGUGCACCGUCGAGUUUUUCUUAGGCCUAGGAUACAGUAUUGAACAGGUGGCCGUUUUGGUGAACCGGUUCCCUCAAAUCUUGGGGUUGAAUGUGGAAAACAACCUACUCCCGAAAUGGAAAUUUUUCAUUAAGAUGCGUCGGAAACACUCCGAGCUGAUUGACUUCCCUCAGUACUUCGGAUACAGUCUUGAAAAAAGAAUACGACCACGAAACGCAAUUCUCGAAUCGCGUGGAGUUACCUGGACUCUGAACAGGAUGCUGAGCACUACGGACCAAGGCUUCCAAACACAUCUAGACAAAUGCGAUGGUGCGCUAGCAGCAGCUGAUCAGAUAAGGCAUGCAGCGAAGGUGGCCAGCGAAGAAAGUGUGGUUCUGUGAUUCAUGGCAACAAGUUCCAGGAACUGGACGAGACCUCUGCAAUUUCAGGUCUAUAGACUGAAACUUUGCCGAUAGUCCAAGGGUGUAUUCUAACAAGAUGUCUACAAUCUCUUAUCGUCUAUUUGGUUUGGGGCACUCUUUCGCCUGUAGCAGAGCCCUCAGGGGUUUAGUGCCUGCAGGCAUUGAGUAAGUUUCACUGGGCAUCCAGUAGACGUGUAAGUAUUAAAUUGGUUGAUUUGGGGUAAGGCCGGACCAAAUUAGUCUGUCUGCCCCUAUCUAGAAACAGCUGAAGAGGUUGAUCGCGAGUGUGCUGGCCACUCAAACAUGAAGUUCAUCUGGUGCACGGCCUUGUAAAUUCUGUCACGUCAUUGUACAAAGUUCUGAUCUGGUAUGCCUCUUCUCGCAGUUUCUCUUAGGUCGGAUACUGCACCCGCCAAGAUUCUUCAGGUCGUAACUCGUAUACUUCUUACAGUUGCCUUUUGGUCGUGUCAAAAGUACCCAUGGCUAAUGUAUGAAAGCUCCUCGUUAGGGCAGCAUCCUGAUGAGUGCAAAAGGGUCUUUCAUCUCACAUGUCUUCUCGUACACUCGCAGUGAUGACUAGAUACUGUAUGUAAUGCAGGCCUCAUAAAUUCCGGCAAAUGCCAAGUUUCCCAGAAUUAAAUAAAUUCUGGCAAAUUUUUCAUUAAUUCUUAAUUCUUAAUUUUUCUUUUUUCUUAAUUCUGGCAUUGCCAUAAUUAAGAAAAUUCAUCUAAACAAAAAUGAAUUGUUAGAUGAAAAAUAGAAUUUCUCCUAUAUGAAUAGAAUUCAAUUGCAUGAUUUCAUUUCCGGAGUGAACAAUUUCAUUUCACUUCCUUCGUCGUAUUGUUUGGCCACAAUCGU